UGGCGCGUACAACAGUCAAUAAGAAACGUAGGAAACGGAUGUAUUUCUUUAUAUUUCGCUCUCUAUCAGCUUAGCAACAAUUGUACUAUUUAUAUACCCGUUUGAGACGUCUGACCUGAAAGUAACGGCUCUGUACUUAGCAAUAUCCUUUUCUCGAGCUGCCAAUAAGGAGGGAUCGAAUCUGGUAGGAACCCGAAGUUUCUUUAGUGCCAAAUGGAGAUGCUGCUGGGAGAUUUUUAUCGAAAUCCCAAUCGACUUUCCCACUAUGGAAAGAUAAUCUUGUUUAACUGUAAACAAGCGUCAGCCGCAAAUGAAGACAGAGGCGAGUUGUUAUUCUGCUGCCUUUCAUUUGAACGGGAUGUCAACAGGUUCAUGAAGGCAGCUGACGGAGCGGCUGUAAUUAGAGGGAAAACCCCAGCGCAUGUGGAUAUUGUAGGAUGUAAAUGCGUAAUAAAUGUUCGGGAAAGAGUCACAACACCGUGUAUUUUAGUGACGAAGACGAGUAAGAAAGGAGAUAGCUAUCAUUAUAGUCUACUUACAUCAGGCAGCUCAAAUCGCCUGGAGCCCUGCAUUGAGUUUAAACUGCCUUAUCAAAUGAAGGAAAACGUGGCUAUCCUUCAUGGCCCAACAGUGUUGUGGAGUCACGAUGAUGAUGUAUUCUAUACAUCUCCACAGGCUGGAGAAGUGAGGCAGAUACCCAUUAAGUUUUCCCACAGUAUUUUUGGAGAGCUCCCCCUACACAAAGAAAGGGUUUUUAUUCUCGGACAGCAAAACAUUUCAGAAAAGUUAUUGAAUAAUCAGCCUAGAAGCCUAAUCCUGUGCUAUUUUGUAGAGAGCGGACACAUGUUUGAUGGCACUAUGGUUUUGCCUCACCCAUACAUGUGCAUCACACAGUGCAUCCUGGUGCUGUCAGCUGCAAAAGAGGAAAAUGUGUUGAAAUCUGAUGUGGUCGCAGCAACUUCUAAUAAGCAGCUGGUUUAUUUUGAGAAUGGUAUUGUGAAAGAGACAUGCCAACUUCCCUUUGAUCAACCAGAAAAUAUCCAGGUGGUCAACACGGGAAGAUGUGGCUUCCUGUUUGUUGUAUACUUUCAUCAGGGACACGUAUGCACUGUAUGGAGGGAGACAUUUAAGAUAGCCUCACAUUGGUCUGGUGUCGGCUCUGUCCACGUGGAUGACUUUGUGGGAUGUGGAACGGAUCAGAUGCUGUUGGUUUUUAAAGACCAAGGCAUAUCAGGACACCCGUUGGAAAAUUUCCUCCUCACUGACCUUUGUGGCAUCUCAUUUGCUAAUAACCAGGAAAACAGAGCACUGAGGACAACUCCUCCACCAGAAAACCAUCUCCUCACUCUUCAAGCUUUAGAGUCUAGAUUACAGAGUGGAUUGACAGUGCUGCAGAAGCUUCAAAGAGAAGACAGCGUGAAGGAGAGGGUGCUGCAGCAGUCGCUCCGAGUCCUCACUGGUGGUGUUGCAGAAGGAGAACCUGUAGUCACAACACCUGAGCAGGAAGGCCUUGUUGCUCUGUGGGACUGUGACGAUGAGCCUAAGGAUGAAGGCUUGGAUGACAAGAAACGAGACACGCCAGCAGUGUCUUCAAAACCUCAAGUUGACAAGCUGUGGCAUCGCAUCGCUGAGGAUCGACUGGUUGUGGGAGUGAUACUAACCACUGACAGCUCUGUACCAUUGGCCAGUAUGAGCUUAUCCGUCCUGACAGAGACAGACCAGAGCUCAGCGCCUGCAGUCAUCAAGACCCAGAGCCAAGUCUUCUGGCUCCCUUCUCCCAGCUCUUCAUCCUCCUCCUCUUCUGUCUCCACGUUCCCAGAGCCUGCAGCAAAAAAAAGCAGGCAGCACAGUUCCAACAGAUCCAAUGAUCUCAACACUUGCAGACUGGCUGUGACUGCUGUGACCACACUGACACCUUUGUUGAACUCUGGCUGUGUCAAGUGUCGCGUCAUGCUCCAUUACGUCCAGAGACGAGAUGCUUUUGCCCUUGUGAGCAACCAAACACCGUCUGUCCUGCAUUGUGGUGAUGUUGCUUUGAGCGUAUGCAAUGAUUUUCAAACACGAUUGUUGCAAAAUCCUGAACUCAAAACGGAUGAGGUUCUGGAGGACUCGCUGAGUCUGAUGGCAGUGCUGGAUCGCUGGGUCUUCGACAUAGACUCUCUAGAUUACAGCCUAAGUGAUAUUGAAGGCUGGAUUCAGAGGAGAGAGGAUUGUAAAAGGAUAGAGGUGAACCCUCAAUAUCUACUGUUGAAUUCUGCAGUAACAUGUUCUCCCAUGCUGCUGCACUGGCAUCAGAUAACCCCUUUCCAAGGGGAGCUGUCUGUCCACUCCAGUCAGUUACAGAUGCUCCAGUUCUUGGACUCCCUCUUGGCUUACCUCCCUGACUCUUGCUCAGUCCAGCCCGUCAAAGGAACAAGAGGACAAGAAGCAGCUCAGAUAUUUUCCUUGGCCCUGGAAAAAGAAGUGAUGUCUCUCAGAGAGAGUGUGUCAUCACUACUUUGUGAAGAGGAGGAGAAGAAGAGCUUUGGAAAGGAGGACAGCCCUGAUCCAGGUUCUUUAGGGGGGUUACAGAAGGUCAGAGAGAUGUGGCAGGAGGACAUGGAGAGGAGCAGGAUGAGGUUGAGCCCCCUGGUGGACAUGGAGAGGUAUCAUAGGCUAACACAAAACAUGUUUAAAGUCUUGCUUGAUGUAGAUUUGGCAACUCUUCGAGACACUCAGAGGACUUUGUUCAGCUAAUGUGCUGCAGAUGUGCUGCAGAUGUUCUUAAUAAUCCCAAAGUGAAUUCUGUUUGUGAACACAAACUGUAAUCAUAAUGUAUGCUGUGUGCCUUUUAACUGUACCGAGAGCUGCCCCUGUUGCGAGCUUUGUUAUGUCUGUUCAGCUCUGUGUGUGCCUACUCUACCAGACAGUCUCUUGGGGUAUCACAGCCUUAAUGAUACUAGCGUGAUACAGCUCACCCCUCAGUUUAUUCUUCUGUUUAUGUCCCGUUAGACCCUCUGUGUUCAAAAACACUCUUUAAUCUCUUCUGCUGCUGUUUGCAAUUCAGCAGGAGACAUGCUUUCAUCCUGGAGUUUGUGCUCUGAAUGACGACAGCAGAUGAUGGUAGAGCAAGGGGUUAUACAUCCGUGUGGCUGGCAUUGACUGAAAGCUUUUUUCCCCCUCAUGGUUAAUUUAUUUGUGGUUGAAAUGAUGUAAAUAAAAACAGUCCUUCGA